UCGACAAAAAGUAAAAGUUUGUACACUAGUGUAAUCGAUUCAUUUUGGUAAAUUUGUGUAAUAAAUGUAAAAGCCAAUUGACGGAAAAGGCCCAUCUGAAUGACAAUCAAUUUAUAGCACCUUUGACAUACUAUUUUCCCUUGUCAACAGUACUCGUCUGGCUUAGUCUUUAUUGACUUUUCCCCUAGGAUGCCGAAAAUACUUAGUUGCCUCGCAAUAAGCUUAUACUUUGUAUUUACAUUUAAGUUGUUCUCUACCCUUUUGCCUUGCCUGGUGCAUUGCGUUAAGUUUCGUUCAUGGGAGAAAUGUGACUCUGGGUUGGAGACUAUUUGGAUAAUGUCGGCUUCUGUCGGCGCCAGCGGUUUGAUGUUGGUGACUGGAAAUUACAGGGAGUUCUUUUUUCUGUACAAUUGGUUAAUAGUCAUCGCUGAGUUGAUUGUGCUUGAGUUUUGUUAUAUUGCGUAUGCCAAUAUUUUGUCUGAAAAAAAUGUGUGGCAAUGGCAGCUUAUAUUCUUUGGUUUCCUGAUCUGCAGCUUCUUUUUGGUUUUAUUACACGUGCUGGUAUCUAAGAAAAUUAUCAAAAAUCGAUUGAUCGAAAAACUUUUGCAUUUGGUACCUGAUAAAACUGAUAUUUGAUUACGACAAAACAAUAUAUUACAAAAUAAUAAC